ACAUUUUUAUAUUAAAGUUCAUGUGCAGUAAAACUAUGUCUGGAGUUCCCAGGGUGGCGUCAGACAGGUUAGCAGUUAGCUAACCGGGAUGUCCAGCACCAAACCUGCACAUGGUUGAAAAGCAGCUGUAGAUUGGAGGAAAAGCCUCGGAGCUCCUCCUCCUCUCAUCAUGUCUGAAUGGACAACAGUUUUUGUUCCACUGGCUGCCGAUGACUUUCACGGUGCUGCAAACCCACAGGGACUUCAUUUAAGAUCUGAGCAGACAAAAAGUCCAGCAUGCAGUUUCUGACCCAACUGAGCUCAACAGCCUACUGGAGUUCACACGUACUCUUGCCAUGCUGGUUACUUGUCACGGUCCUCUCCCCUGGAACGGUUUGGUCCCUUCAGUUCCCUUUGGGAACGUUGAGUUCCCGCUCUGCCUUCUCUGCCACUCGGACCAGCAGCGUGGUGGGGGGCCAGCAGAGAGCAGUGACCUUCAACAAGCUCAUGGUCAACAUCGGGCGGGACUUCAACCCAGACAGCGGCCACUUCCGCUGCCGUGUCCCCGGAGCGUAUUAUUUCUCCUUCUCCGUGGGGAAGUUCCCUAAAAAGCUGCUGUCUGUGAUUCUGGUGAAGAACGGGGAGGAGGUCCAGGCCAUGGCUUACGAUGACUACCGCAGGAUAGGGAGGAAGGUUCAGAGCCAAAGUGUGUUGAUCAGUUUGAAGGAAAUGGACACAGUGUGGCUGCUCAUCCAGCAGAACCCUAAGUAUGCUUUGUACAGUAACACCGGCCCUUACAUCACCUUCUCUGGUUACCUGGUUUACCCUGAGGCCCAACCAACCAGUUACAUCAGCAACCACCUCUCCCCUCCYGCACUGUCCCACCCCUACUGCCCGCCUCAGACAGAGCAGCCGCAGUCGGCCUUCUCCGUGGCACGGACGUCCACCUUCCUGGGUCAGAGCGGCAGGAACCAGGACCAGCCACCACUGACKUUUGACGUGGAGUACGUCAACAUCGGGUCCCACUUCAACAAAACCACCGGCCUGUUCACGUGCCGCUUCCCCGGCGUGUACUUCUUCGCCUUCACGGUGGGGAAGCACCCCCGGAAGGCCCUCUCCGUGAAGCUGAUGACCGGGGGCGGCCAGGUGCAGGCCAUGGUGUUCGACGAGGACACGUCGAAGAGGCGGGAGAUGCAGAGCCAGAGCCUGAUGCUGCCGCUCAUCGGAGGCGACAGGGUGUGGCUGUACAGCCAGCAGGACGAGCGCUACGCCGUCUACAGCAACCAGGGCAGGUACACCACCUUCUCAGGCUUCCUGGUUUAUCCAGGAGCAGGAGCAGCACCAAACACCCACCUAUAGAGGACYUCAUCUCUAAUCCUGUCUGUAAAGAGCAGCAGGAUGUAGAUCUGUGCUUUGUUUAAAUAAUCUCACAUCAGGAUUAACUUUGAUGCCCGAUUAAUCCACAAGAUGGUGCUCCGACACAGUCAUGGCCAUUAAUGGUCCUCGUAAAUACAAGUACUACAAAUACAUCUUAUUUUAAAAAUUGUGCCUUUCAGUUUUUAUAUGUAGGUUUUUUUAUUCUUAAAUAUUAAAAAUAGUUGUAAAUGAUGUAAAUCURAUUCAAACCUCAUUCCUCUAUAAAUCAGUCUUAAAUGAGUGUCAUGUUUAUUAAAUCAUUUUAAUACAGUAGCUGGAUGUUUUAAUAUUUUAUUUACUGUAAUGAAAAACCAAAUAAAUUUAUUGAGAUUAAGCUCUUUUUCUUUGCAGCCUUAAUGCUAAAAUUAACACACAAUUAAAAAUUAAAGGAAAGAAUAUGUUUAUUUUCCUGAUUUUUACUGACACUUACUGCACAAAGCAAUGAUGCAGUUACAGCUUAUUUAAAUAUCCUUUAUUAGCAUUCAGAAAAUUAGUUAAAAUGUGAAAAAAAUACAUCUUUUGAUCAAAGUGCUUUUUUGUUUUCAGAGGUUUCACUGCAUUUAUAAAUGAGACAAGAAGGGCUGCACAAACUCAACAGAUUCUCAUUUUCAUAUUUGUUAAAUAUCACCGCUCCUAAAGGGGCGAUCAUGUUUUUGCCUGUGUUCAGUUAGCAAAACAUCUCAUGAACCACUGCACAUGUCUAACUAAGAUUUGGAGUCAUCUCUGUUCAAGAUGGCRGCCACAGCUAAGCAACUUAAACACAAAAAUGGUUAAACCUCAGCUGAAUAAACAGAAACUGAGCUKAAACUUUGUGRGGUAGUAGCCGAGAGUGAUUCUGAACACGUACUAUGAGCUUUCAGUGAUCAUGCAAGAUCUGUUUUCAAAACUUUGCCAUUCACUGUUUGUCAGCUGCAACUGAGUUUUAGCAAAAUAUCUCUUGAAUAACUGAAUGGAUUUUACAGAACCUCUCAGGAAGUAAUAAAGGUCUUAAUGUCUGCAGCUGAUUAGACUCCAGUUCAAGAUGGCCGCCGCUGCAUUAACGUAGCCCAACAAAUCCCCUCUAACUCUGUUCAUUUUUACAGAUUUUAAGCAAAAACUUGGUUUGGUAGUAGCUGAGAGUCAUCCUCAACAUUUAAACUGAGAACUAACACAAGACAGUGCGUAAUGUUAUUUAUAACAGGGCUAUUCAACUGGCGGCCCGCGGGCCACAUCCAGCUCACAAGUGACCAGAGUUCGGCCCGCCAAU